AAUUUAGUUGUUACAGGCAUUUAUAUACAUCAUGUAUCGCUGUUUGUAAUGUAUAUGUUCACCAGGGUGUUUGUAGGUAUAUUUGAAUGCUUUUUAUCGCGUGGCACGUUCAGGAAACGUUACAAGGAAGAAGUUAGUUAGUUAAGUUAGCAUUAGCAUGCUAGCCGCAUAACACAGACAGGACGAGAGAGCGAAGCAGCUGCUUCUUUACCCUUCCUUCCUCUUCAAGGAAGUUUGCGGGGCGAGGAUCCAGGAGGCCUAGAUAAGUCUAGUGUGAAUUGUUUCAGCUCACCUGGAGUUAAAAUGGCAUAGAAAAGCAUUUUUGUGGUUAGGAGAAUGCUUUUUGUGGUUAGGAUAAUGCUUUUUGUGGUUAGGAUAAUGCUUUUUGUGGUUAGGAUAAGGAUUGGCUUGCUGAUUGUCUUCCUGAAAGACAAGUCAGCGACGAUGGGGUCAUUCUGCAAGGAGGACUGAGGGAUCUGACCUAGAUGUUUUUCUAUUCUACUUUUCUUUCUUUUCAACUUUUCUUUCUCUUUCAUGAGCACCUGUAUUUCAGAGGAGCACUAUCAUCAGAAUGACUGCCUCUUUCAACCUUUGUGUCCUUAACGUUUUGUUUGUAACUGCCUACAGCAGCCUGGAGCUGGCCUCCAGUACUGCUCAUUGUGGACAAUCUCCCCAAGUCCUGGAAGCCCCGAGGGGAGAGAUCAGAAGCUCCGUCCACCACAGCUGGUCCUACCGCCCACGGCCGUUCAACUGUAGUUGGAUUAUCAAGGCACACGUAGGAGAGCCCGUUAUCCUCAGUUUCUCCCAGUUUUCUACACGCUGUAAGAAGGAAUGGGUCUCGGUGACAUCAUCAACUGGCAAGCCCAUUACCUUUUGUGGUUCCGACCUGCCAAAGCCCAUGGAGUUGAUGGGGGGGAACAUUACAGUGACGCACCACUUCCUGCCACACUUAUUCCCCGUCUCUGCGUUCUGCCUGGGCUACGUCAGAGACUCUGGUGAAUGUCCGGUGGUGGACUUUGAGUGUUUGGGCGGGCGCUGCCUGCCCCUGUCCUGGCGCUGUAACGGCCAGACAGAGUGUCUGGGUGAAGGGAUGGGGCUGGGAACAGACGAGCAGGAAUGUGACGGAGAGAUCGAGAUCCUGGAUCCUGAGCAAGACAAAGUAGUGGUAACCACCACCACACCAGAGUCCUACAUAGAGAGAGAGAGGGAGAGGGAGGGGGAGACAGGAAGAGAGAAGAGCGGGGGGAGGGAUUGGGAAACGGCACCGGUUGAGGUGGAGAAGGAAGUAGAGGAGGAUGGGGACUAUACCAAGGUAAAGGAGCCAGAUAAUCCUAUGGAGGACUACUGGGAGUUCCUGCCUCGUCAACUCCCCAGCCCCCAGCCUCACAGAGCCCACCCCGGUCCCGGUGUGACCCAGGCCCCCACCGAGUGGCCGUGUGGCGGCCUCCUCCAAACCUUCUAUGGGACGUUCGCCCCUCCUUCCAUCAAGGGCCCCCCUCUGUUCUGUGUGUGGACCCUGGACCCCCAGGACUCCAGGCCUCUAAAGCUGGACCUGCAGCUGCUGGAACUGGGGCCUGGAGACACGGUCACUAUCACCAACAGACAGCAGGGCACCGGGGAACUCAUCAAAACUAUCACCAGCGAGUCCAGCUACAAGGCCAUCCAGGUUGAGUCCCGGACCGGCCUUCUCUCCCUGACCUAUCACACGCUUCCCGGCUCGGAGGGGCUGGGCUUCAACGCCACCUACCGUGUCGGGGGCUACUGCCCCCCCUGGGAGGGUAAAUGUGGGGGUGCCGCGGGGGGCUGCUACACCCAGGAACAGAAGUGUGACGGGCGCUGGGACUGUCCUGAGACGGGGCAUGAUGAGGCGGGAUGCAGGGGGUGUCCCAGGGACCAGUUUGCUUGCGGAGGGGUGGGGCAGCGGGCGGUGCUGGCGGGUCAUAACUUCAUCGGGCGUCCGGUGUGCUUCCCUGCCAAGGAGAGGUGUAACUACCAGCUGUACUGUGCUGACGGGAGCGACGAAAAAGACUGUACCAUAUGUCAACCUGGGACCUUCCACUGCGACAGCAACAGGUGUGUGUUUGAGAGCUGGAGUUGUGACGGCCAGGUGGACUGUAAGGACGGGACAGACGAGAUGAACUGCACCAUGACCCUGCCUCGAAAGGUCAUCACCGCGGCAACCGUGGGCAGCCUGGUCUGUGGGCUGCUGCUGGUCAUCGCUAUGGGCUGCACCUGCAAGCUCUACUCACUGCGGACCCGAGAAUACAGUAUGUUUGCCCCAAUCAGCCGCCAGGAGGCGGAGCUAAUCCAGCAGCAGGCCCCUCCCUCCUAUGGUCAAUUGAUCGCCCAGGGCAUCAUCCCUCCAGUGGAGGACUUCCCCACGGAGAACCCCAAUGAGUCUUCCUCUCUUUCUCUGAGAGGUUUUCUCCAGCUUCUCAGACAGGAUACUUCUAACUCUCCACGACGCCGACGCCGUCCCCGAUUCAUCCGCCGGGCUGUCCGUCGCAUGCGGAGAUGGGGCCUAAUCCCCAGAUCCGCCUCCAGGCCCUCCCAGCCAUCCAGCUCUGCCCCCCAGCUGACAGAGGCCCCCUCCACUGGUGUGGAUCCCAGUCAAUCAACUCCCGCCACCACCUCAUUGGCUGUGGAAGCCGUCAAUCUGCCAUUGCCACAGAAACUAGGCUUGCUCCCACAAACAGUGCAGUACCAGCCACCACCACCCCCCCACUUCCUUCCUCCACCCACUCUACUCCCUCCACCCAUUGUCUCUACUCCAGCUACCCCCCAGAGCCCUCCAGUGGCUGUCCCCCCCACCCCCAGCAGCCCCUCCCUAGCCUCUCUCUUCCACUCUUUGGGGCGCACUAUCUCUCGCUUCCGCUCCUCCCCUUCCUCCUCCUCCCCCACCAACUCACUGCCCCUCUCCACAUCCCCCUCUUUCUCUUCCUCCUCUUUGGAGGACGAGGUGCUACUUAUCCCCCUCUCCGAGGACACAACCCCAGAGGACGACGUGCCCCUGCUUACACUCGACCCCUGACUUGAUCCAACACCCCUUCCCUAAAUGAUGACUCAAGCACAGGAGCACUGCAAGGCUCCCUCUCUCUCUCUCUCUCUCUCUCUGUGUUGGUCUGGUGCCUUGGAAUUGCAUUUGUACUAACUAAAGGAAUCUAAUAUUCAAUGCUUUUAUGUUAUUGAGUGUGGAAACUCCUAGAGAAAGUGUGUGUAUUUGUGUGUGUGUGUGUGUAGGGUAUUUGUGUGUUGGAUGUGCACUUAUCCAGAUAUAGUCUGAAAGAGGUGAAAUUUGCACAGAAAAUCUCUCCCUCAUGAUCUAAUUUAAGCAAUGAGGCACCUCUGGAGUUUGUGGUAUAUGGCUAAUAUACCACGGUUAAGGGCUGUUCUUAUGCAGGACGCAACACGAAGUGCCUGGAUCCAGCCCUUAGCCGUGGUAUAUUGGCCAUAUACCACAAACCCCAGAGGUUCAUUAUUGCUAUUAUAAACUGGUUACCAACGUAAUUACAGCAGUAGAAAUAAAUGUUUUGUCAUACACGUGGUAUACAGUCUGAUAUACCAUGGCUUUCAGCCAAUCAGCAAUCAGGGCUCAAAACCACCCGGUUUAUAAUAUAUAAUUUACUGUCAAGUGAAUGAUUGGUUUUAGCACGUGAAAGAGUUCAUGUCUUUGUGUGACAGCAUAUGUGUGAAUGCGUCAUGUAAGGGUGAGCAUAUGGGGGCCAGUGUAAGGAUAUGUAGAUGUCCUGUGUAGACACUAUCCCAUGUAUAGUUCUCAUCUCCCAUCUAAGUGCCUUUUCAGAAGCUUGCUACAGUUGAUGAAUUUGAAUGAUGACACACAUACUGUACACACUGUCCCAAAUAUGUGGACAAAAAGGAACACCCACCUUCUCACACACAGACUGUGUUUUAUAUUGCUUUCAUAAUGGAUAAAUUGCAUGUCAAUUCUGCAAGCUGGCAAUAAUUUUUGGGGACCCUCCUGGUUAGUGUACGUAUGGCAUAACUGACGUGUAUAGUUUCGUAUGCACUUGCAAGUGUGAUGUAUGAAUGUUUUAUAAUGUAGUUCUCUAGUAGACAAAUUGUGUCUCGGCUCACAAGACAAUCUCUCUUGGUGCCUGAGGUUGGGUUAGACCUGUGAAGUGCACAACCGCACACAGAAAGAUGAGGCCCCCCAGGGCCCACGGUCACAACAACCCCGACUUAAAUUCUCAGCCCUUUGUGAAUGGAAUCCACUCUACCACGCUUUCACACAGUGAACAUAUAGCAAAUUAAGAGACUUUUUAGUCUGCCAUUUUUAACAUCGUAUCUUUUAUUAGUUUUUCCGCUUUUAUCCUUCAGAAAUGUACUUUAAAAAAAAUCUUAAAUUGUUGUUCUGUUUGCCUGGGUUGUACUGAAUGUAUUCAAUUAAACAUAGUGGUUGGAGGAUGAUAUGUUUAAAACUUGCAAUGUAGUGAUAAGGUUGGAGAGAGAGAUUUUACUAGGGUCUAUUUCACUGUACAUAGCAAAGAUGUGGACAAAUCCACAGAGAUUAAACAAUUUGCACUUUUA